AUGCCUAUCGAUCUCGGACUAGCAAGAGUGGCCCGACUCUUGAACCACUUGAACAAUCCUCACCUCAAAGCCUACAAGGCUAUCCAUUUGGCAGGCACCAAUGGCAAAGGUUCCACCGUGUCGUAUCUCUCUUCCAUUCUCACCCAAUCAAAGAUCCGAAACGGACGGUUCACCUCUCCUCACAUUCUACACUACAAUGACUGUGUAAGUAUCAACAACGAAACGUAUCCUCUUUCGAAGUUUCAGGAGGUCAGCAAGUUUGUCCAGGAAAAGAACAGGUUGCAUGAGCUCGGAUGCACCGAGUUUGAGCUCCUUACUGUCACAGCAUUCAAGAUCUUCGAAAUCGAAAACGUCGAAAUCGCCGUCAUAGAGGUGGGUUUGGGAGGACGCUUGGAUGCUACCAAUGUGCUAGAACCCUUCAAGGAGGGCACGGGUGUCAUAGCCACUGGAAUCACCAAAAUCGGAAUAGAUCACGAAAGUUUCUUGGGCGACACUUUGGCUAAAAUAGCUUUUGAGAAGGCAGGAAUCAUCAAGGAAGGUAUCCCAUGUGUGGUCGACAGAACCAACCACAAGGAAGCGGUGGAUGUGGUAGCAAAGAAGGCAAACGAAUUGAAUUCCCCGUUAUACCAAGUGGAUGGACUCCAUGAGCUGGAACCAAGAUCAUUAUCCGCGGAUUUUGGCAUUGAAGCCAUUAAGGCCCUAGUGGACAAGUCUCCUCUUCAAGGAGAUUACCAGAAGCAGAAUCUAAGCAUUGCCCUCAAAAUUAUUGAAUUGAUAAAGGACAAAAGAAUCACCAAAGAGACCAUCACAAAAGGUAUCGAGACCACUACCUGGAGAGGCAGACUACAAUCGCUAGAGAUUCCUCAGUUGGGUCUCCCAAUCCUAUUGGAUGGAGCUCACAAUGAAAGCGCAGCCAUUGAGUUGGGUAAGUAUCUUACUCGAUUUCAGGAUGGGUUUAUUUUUAUUAUUGCCAUAACUAAAGGAAAGGCAGUUUCCAACCUUUUAAAGCAUGUUAUCAAUAAGACCAACGAUAAGGUCAUUUGUACGUCAUUCACAUCGCCUGAAAGCAUGCCUUGGGUGUCAAAUUAUCCCGUAGAGGAAUUGAAACAAUUAUGCAGCACCUUCGUGGAGGACGUGGAGAUAAGCGAAGGCGUCAAAAAUGCCUUGGAGUAUGCUUCCAAGUUGAAGCAGGAAGGUGAUAAGCGGGAGGUCGUGGUUUUUGGUAGUCUCUACUUGUGUGGAGAUGUAUUGAGAUUAGUGGAAGAAUCACCUUAG